AUGCCUUCUGAAGGUGACUGGAAGAAAGGUUUAAUGGUGCCUAAGAAGGACACCCGCAAAAAGACCGAAGAUGUUUUGUCGCGGCGCAAUGUGACCUUUGAAGAGUACGGCCUCCGACGCGAGUUGCAGAUGGGAAUUUUUGAAAAAGGCUUUGAGCGUCCGAGUCCUGUGCAGGAGGAGGCCAUUCCCGUGGCUCUGCAGGGUAAAGACGUGCUAGCGCGUGCGAAGAACGGCACUGGCAAGACGGCUUCUUUUGUAAUUCCCGUUCUCGAGAAGGUGGACACGCGUGAGCCGCACGUGCAGGCGCUUCUGAUGGUUCCCACCCGCGAGCUUGCGCUGCAGACGGCGCAGGUGACGAAAGAACUCGGCAAACACAUUGCCGGUCUGGAGGUGAUGGUGACAACGGGCGGCACAACUUUACGUGAUGAUAUUCUGCGGCUGCAGAGUCCCGUGCAUGUGUUGGUGGCGACGCCCGGGCGGGUGGUGGAUCUCGCGAGUAAGCGGGCGGCGAAGUUGGACCGCUGCCGCAUCAUUGUGCUUGAUGAGGCAGAUAAACUGCUUUCACAGGAGUUCACAGAGUUGAUGGAGGAACUCUACACAUACCUCCCAGCAGACAGACAAUCCCUGCUCUUCUCCGCCACCUUCCCACUUACGGUGAAGGAGUUUGCCGAUCGACACCUGCGUAAUCCGUAUGAGAUUAAUCUUAUGGAUGAACUCACACUGCGAGGUGUCACACAGUACUACGCCUUUGUGGAGGAGCGACAGAAGAUUCACUGUCUUAAUACUCUCUUUAACCGACUCCAGAUUAAUCAGUCCAUCAUCUUCUGCAAUAGCGUGAACCGGGUGGAGCUGCUCGCGAAGAAGAUUACACAGCUCGGCUAUAGCUGCUACUACAUUCAUGCCCGCAUGCAACAACAACACCGAAACCGCGUCUUUCACGACUUCCGCGAGGGACAUUGCCGCAAUCUUGUCUGCUCUGAUCUCAUCACACGUGGUAUUGAUAUUCAGGCUGUGAAUGUGGUGAUUAACUUUGACUUCCCCAAGUAUGCCGAGACGUAUCUUCACCGUAUUGGCCGUUCUGGUCGUUUUGGUCAUCUUGGAUUGGCCAUUAACUUUGUAACGCACGAGGACAGUCAAAAUGUCUACCGCAUUGAGGCAGAACUGGAGACCGUCAUUAAACCCAUCCCGGCGGAAAUUGACCCUGAACUGUACGCCCCAUAA